AUGUUCGUCCAACUCCGCAGCCCCGACAUCACCUUUGCUCUAACCACGACCGCAUUCUUCAAUUUGAAAAUCAGGAGCAACGCAAUCGGAAAGGCACUCUGUAUUCCUGGUUCUCGUGGUUCUGAUUCCUCUGAGGAUAUGGGUCACAUCUCCGACUCAGGCUUCUACCCUCAGAUGUCUCCAAAACCUAGAUGGCGGGAGGAGGAAGAGGAGUGGAAUGAUGAAUUAGAUGAGAGUCAGGGGGAGGAAGGCGAUCAGGACGGUUACGAGCAAUGGGAGGAUGAGGGUGACAUUAGAUUCUCAAAAAUCGUAAUCUCCCCGUCAACUUCGGGUAGUACUCCGCGAUCAUCCUUUUGCGAUCGUAACAUUCGCGAUAUCAACAUCCUUAAGCGUCUCGCUGUACCCUUCUCAUAUGAGGAAGUUGCUUACAGUUCCAAUGAGCGCUUUCGCGAGAUUAAAUCAAAGCCUGGACUCACUUUUGAUCAGAUAACUGCAAUGCUGGAUGCUCGUCGCCGUGCGACGAAUCGACAAGCAGCAGAACGUUGUCGCCGAGUCAAAUCGGCAGCUCGUGACAGUUUGGCAAAUCAGCUCGAUCGCCUCCGUCUGGAACAUGCUGAUCUUGCUAGACGUAUUGUUCGCACCCGCAGACGACGCCAGCAAAAGUGGGAUGAAUUGACAUCAGCUCAAAAGCAUUUGCUUCAGAACCUUGUCGACAGCACUGGAACUCCAUUGGAUCCUUCUCAAUGGCGUAUACAAACUACUAGUGAGGGCGAAUUGAUACUCAUGCGCAUAGACGUUAGUGGGGACAUUCAUAACCGCGAUAAUGAAGACGGUAACAAUGAUGGACACAAGAGAGUAGGACAUCACGCAAAGUUAUCAUAG